AUGGCCCCCAAUAUUUUCUUGACCGGUGCAACUGGCUAUGUUGGAGGUGACUUCCUCUACCUAGCUUCCCGCACUCAUCCAGAAUGGAAUGUAUCAGCCCUUGUGAGAGAUGCUGAAAAAGCUGCCAAGCUCGCUCAGGAGUAUCCGGAAGUUCGCAUCGUGAACGGAGACCUUGACUCGGCCGAUAUCAUCGAGAAGGAAGUCAAGAAUGCCGAUAUUGUUUUUCAAAUUGCCGACUGCGACCAUGUUGGAGCUGCAAAAGCCAUAGCGAAAGGUGCCGCCCACCACACUGCCGACCGACCGUGCUGGGUAAUCCAUGCCUCAGGAACAGCUAGUUUCCUUUUCGAAGAUAACCGAGAGAAGACAUACGGAAUUGAGCGGAAGCAGUAUUACAAUGACUGGGAUAAAGUGGACGAGCUUUUUAACUUGCCUGAUGAUGCAUAUCACAAGGAUGUGGAAAGAACAAUCAUUGAAGCUGGCCGAGUAGACCCACAGCGUAUCAAGACCGCUAUUGUAUCGCCUCCAACCGUCUAUGGACCUGGUCGUGGCGUGAUCAAACAGACCAGCAUCCAGGCCUACUUUCUAGCAAACGCAGUUCUCAAGCGAAAGGAGGGAAUCAUUGUCGGCGAAGGCAAGAAUAUCUGGAGUCAAGUCCACGUUCAGGAUCUUAGCGAUUUGUUUGUCUCUCUGGGCGAGGCAGCAGUGGCAGGGGGUGGAAAUGCAACCUGGGGAGACGAAGGGUACUAUCUCUCGGAGAAUGGAACAUAUGUCUGGGGAGAUAUUGAAAGAGCCGUUGCGCAAGUGGCAUAUGAAAAGGGUUAUAUUCCAAGUGCAGAUGUUACUCCGCUGCGAGAGGAUGAGCCCCUGGGGGAUACACUCGGCUAUGGUAUGUUGAUGUGGGGAUCGAACAGCCAAGGAACUUCAAUUCGCGCAAAGAAGUUGCUUGGGUGGACUCCUACACGGCCUAGCUUAUUAGAGGAGAUUCCCGGAAUUGUGGAUGGGGAGGCAAGAGCACUAGGGAUUGCAGUUUGA